AUGGAUAAAUCAUGGAUGAUGGAGAAUAGGAUGUCCAGGGAGUAUGAAUUGGGAGUGGAAGCGUUCAUUCAAUUUGGUUUUCGUCAUGCCAAAGGUUCCAGUACUAUCAGGUGUCCAUGUUUGAAAUGUGGGAACCGUUUGCCGCAAGAUGAAUCAACAUUCAGAUAUCAUCUAUAUGCCAAUGGGAUCGAUCAAAGCUAUAAAAUAUGGUUUUGGCAUGGCGAAUCUUUUACAUCAGAGACUUCAUGUAAUCGACAGGCUUACACGAACGAAGAAACGGUCGACGAUGAUUUAUUUCAUGUGAUAAAUAUGGUUCAAAAUGUCCGCGAUCAGUUUUCUAAAGUACCUAAUACGUUUGACAAUAUGUUCGAUGAUGCAAAGAAGCCUCUAUUUCCUGGUUGUAAAAGAUUCACAAAGUUAUCAGCAUUAGUUAGGCUAUACAACCUGAAGGUUAGAUUUGGAUGGAGUAAUGCUAGCUUCUCCGAACUACUGGCAACGGUUAGCGAGUUAUUGCCUGAAAAUAAUAAAAUGGCGAUAUCCAUGUAUGAAGCAAAAAAAAUGCUUACUGCAUUGGGCCUUAAUUAUCAAAAAAUAGAUGCAUGCCCUAACGAUUGUUGCUUGUAUAGAAAAGAUCUGGCAGACAUCAGUAGGUGUCCUAAAUGUAACAUUUCGAGGUGGAAGACAAGUAAGAACUCAAACGAAGAGAUUAAGGGAGUUGCAGUUAAACAGCUGUGGUAUUUUCCAAUUGUUCCGAGGUUUUUAAGGAUGUUCAAGAACUCCGAAUAUGCAAAGCACUUGUGUUGGCAUGCAAAUGACAGGAAAGUAGACAGUGUGUUAAGGCAUCUAGCUGAUACUCCAUCUUGGAGGUUGGUAGACCAUUUGUGGCCAGAUUUUGGGUCCGAACCGAGAAACCUCCGCUUGGGGUUGUCCACAGAUGGCAUCAAUCCGUACGAAGAUUUAUCAACGAAAUAUAGUUGUUGGCCUGUGAUUGCUACAUUAUACAACCUUCAACCAUGGCUAUGUAUGAGGAGGAAGUAUUUGAUGUUAACUAUGUUAAUCUCGGGACCUAAGCAACCAGAAUACGACAUAAAUGUCUACCUAGCACCUUUGAUUGGUGAUCUCAAACUUAUGUGGGAAGAAGGUGUUCAGUGUUUUGAUGCACAUAGAAAUGAAAGAUUCACCCUGCGAGCUGUCUUACUGUGGACUAUCAAUGAUUUUCCUGCAUACGGGAACCUGUGUGGGUGUAGCGUGAAGGGGUAUAAGGCCUGUUCAAUAUGUGGAGAGGAAACUUCUUCUAUAAGACUACCAUAUGGGAAGAAAAAUGCAUAUAUGAGACAUAGAAAAUACUUACCACGUCAUCACCCUUAUAGGAGACAAAAGAAAGCAUUUGACGGUAAUCAGAAGCAUGGGACACCUCCUCUCCCUUUAUCAGGCGAGACAAUUUAUAAUAGACUUAAGGAUAAGACCUUUCCAUGCGGUAAAAGGUCUACUAGGAGGUUGAAUGAAGAUAUUUCGAACGAAUACUGGAAGAGGAUUUCUGCAUUCUAUGAGUUAGCGUACUGGAAAAAAUUACAUGUAAGACACUGUCUUGAUGUUAUGCAUAUUGAGAAGAAUGUAUUAAUGAAUAUAAUUGGUACACUGCUUGACAUACCAGGGAAGAGUAAGGAUGGAUUGAGUGCUAGACUUGAUUUGGUAGAAAUGAACAUUCGACCCGAGUUGGCCCCUGUGUCCGAUGGAAGUAGAACUUACAUACCUGCAGCAUGUUAUACAUUGUCAAGAGAGAAGAAAGUCUCUAUUUGCAGAACUUUGUCUGAUCUUAAGGUUCCAGAAGGUUAUUCGUCGAAUUUCAGAAGUUUGGUAUCUUUAGAGAACCUAACGCUCUCUGGUCUUAAAUCACAUGAUUGCCAUGUUCUAAUGCAACAACUUCUCCCAAUUGCAAUACGUGGAGUUUUACCUAACAAUGUUAGAGUAGCUAUCACUAGAUUGUGUUCUUUUUUCAACGCUAUUUGCUCCAUAACUUUGCGAAUAUCAGAUUUAGAUAAAUUGCAGCAAGACGUUGUUGAAACAUUAUGUUUGCUUGAAAAGUACUUUCCACCAUCAUUUUUCACCCUUAUGGUACAUCUAUGCAUCCACCUUGUGCGAGAGGCAAAACUUUGUGGACCCAUAUACCUACGGUGGAUGUACCCAUUCGAAAGAUAUAUGAAAGUGUUGAAAAGUUAUGUCCGUAAUAGAAAUCGUCCGGAAGGAUCGAUUGCAGAAGCACACAUAUGUGAGGAAGCUGUUGAAUUUUGUUCUGAGUUUCUAUCUGGGCUUGACCCCAUUGGACUAGGUUCAUUUAGAUUUCGAGAGGAAGGUCGGAUCGAAAGACCGUUAUCUGCUAGAUCAUCUAUUACACCUAGUCAAGUUGUACUAAAACAAGCCCAUCUACACAUACUAGAAAACAUUGAAGAAGUUCAUCCAUACAGAGAACGACAUAUGGAAAUCUUAAAAUCUUCCAACCCACGAAGGGCAAGUAAUGAGAAAUGGUUGCAAGAUGAGCACAAUAGAUCAUUUCCUAACUGGAUACGAGACGAGGAAGGUCAAGUCGUGAGCACGAUAAUCAGAUGGAUUGCACAUGGCCCACAUCCCGUUGUGAUGAUAUAUGAGGGAUAUAAAGUCAAUGGAAUUUGCUACAACACAAAGUGCCGUGAUGACACUAGAACGGUUCAAAAUAGUGGGGUUAUGUUCGUUGCAUCAACAAUGCAUGUGGCUAGUGCCAAAGACAAAAACCCGAUAAUUGCUGACAUAUCCUUUUAUGGUGUGAUUCAAGGAAUAUGGGAAGUCAGUUACAACACUUUUGGGGUCACACUGUUUAGAUGUAACUGGGUCGAUACGAAGAAUGGAGUACAAGUAGACGAUCUUGGAUUCACACUAGUUGACCUCAAUCGUAUAGGACACUAUUCAGAUUCAUUCAUAUUAGCAUCACAAGCAAGACAAGUGUUCUAUGUUAAAGAUCCCAGUGAUGACAGAUGGUGGACCAUCACUUACCAAACAAUGACACUUGGAAAACAAGCUAGAUUAGAAGCUGGUUGCUCGAGCGUACCAAGUAUCGAGGGAGUCAUUAAUAAAGGUAAAGGUACACAUGGACCUACGGAAAUGUCUGAGAUCACACAGGUUAGUUGUGAUGGACACAAGAGAGUGGUUGAAUACAAUGAGCUCGGUCAACCCAUUGGUGAAAGUGCAACCAAGUUAAAGAGUUUCAUUGGAACAACCGUGCGGGUUCAUGUUUCGAUCAGUUACCAAUCCUGGAAGGAUGUACCUACAGAGCUCAAAAAUAAAAUUUACGAACUAAUUGAGGUAAUUUUCUGA